AGCAUCUAGGAGGUGUACUCAAGAUAGCAGAUAGCUGUUUUUAAAUUUCAUACAAUUACUGCAUAGUGCUGAAGAUUUCAAGAAAUGUUGGUAGUUAUUACCUUCGUCGUAUUAUUAGCCGUUUUCCAGUCAAACAAUGUUGUGAACUGUGAGUCUGCAGAUUCAGCUCCUAAAAUAACACUACCGCAUGGCGGAGUCCUGGUUGGGAGCUAUAUGCAAAGCGCGGAGGGCAAGCAAAUAAGAGCUUUUAGAGGCAUUCCGUACGCUAAGCCUCCUUUGGGAGAUUUAAGAUUCAGACGUCCACAGCCAGCAGAGCCGUGGACUGGCGAGAAGCUUGCAAACAGCGACCCAACAAGCUGCCUAUCAAUAGACACCUUUGAACGAGAUUUCAGAACACUGGGAGACGAGGACUGUCUAUAUCUUAAUGUGUACACACCUGCCGAGAAAACUAGUCUAAAACCAUUUUCGGUCAUGGUUUGGCUUUUUGGUGGCGGAUGGCUGUCAGGGAAUGGAAACUCGGACCUAUACGGACCUCAACUACUGUUAGAUCAUAACGUUAUUCUAGUGUCAGGAAACUAUCGCCUUGGUGUGUUAGGAUUUCUCAGUACAGGAACCAGGGAUUGCCCUGGAAAUAAUGGAUUAAAAGACCAGCUAAUGAUGCUGAAGUGGGUGAAAGAAAAUAUUGUUGUUUUCGGAGGAGAUCCAAACGAUGUGACUAUAUUUGGGCAAAGUGCAGGAGGAGGUAGUGUUGGGCUUCAAAUGUACUCAUAUUUGUCAAAGGGUUACUUCCACAAAGCUGUAUUGCAAUCUGGGACAAAUUUUGAUAUAUGGGCAGUUGGAGAAAAAUCCGUUGUACUUGGACGCACCGAAAAGAUAGGGAAACUUGUAAAUUGUUCGAAAAUAGGAGAGAACUGGAAACCUCUUAUUGAUUGUCUUCGUACGAGAUCAGCAGUCGAUGUUGCAUCCACUAUUAAGAAGCUAUUUAAAUAUGACAUAGAUCCAGCAGUCGUUCUUCCCGCAGUUGUAGAGCCUCCAAGCGAAGAAGCUUUCUUGACAAAGCAUCCACGCGAUUACGAUAUUUUGCCAAGCGCAGCAGUUCCAGUGAUAAUAGGCAUCUUGAGCGGAGAUGGAAUAGUCAAAUCAGGACCUUUGCUCAACCUCAAAAAAGAGGACUUUACUGAGAAGUUUAGUGAAGCUAUCCCGAUAAUCUUGUAUUAUGACAAUAAACCCAAUGAUAUCCAAUACGAGAUCACAGGACGAAUUGAUGACUUUUACUUCAAAAGAGUACAUAACUGGUCGAAGAAGAACUCCUUCAACUUGACAAAUCUUUUUACAGAUGGCUGGUUCGCAUGGGGUAUGGAUAAAUUUUUACGCAAUAGGUUCGCUACUUCUAAGAAAACUAAGGUCGGAACUACAUAUGCUUAUUUAUUCGAUCAUCGUGGGCCCAUAUCAAUGAGCGUGUUUUUUAAAGCAGGGCCUGAAUACUAUGGAGUUUGCCAUACGGACGAAUUACCAUAUUUGUUUCGGUACAAAUCGCUCGACAUUCAGGGAAACAAGAACGAUACAAAAAUGAAAUGGGCCAUGCCGUACAUGUGGACGAACUUUGCAAAAACAGGAAAUCCCACUCCUGAAAUAUCCAUAAUACCUAAGUGGAUACCCGCGGAGAAAUUUCCUUUAAACUAUGCGCAUAUUGGACGAAGGACGGCUCAGGACUGGACUAUCCUGUCGAACGAAAUAGGUUUACUUGAAGAACGCGUGCAGUUCUGGAGAAAUAUGGAGCAUCUUUUUGAUUGCUAAACGUAUCUCUGAAUAGUAAAUGCAAAAUUGCAGAUAUCGGUUCGUGUAUUAUUU